AUGAAUGGAGAUGGGAAAGCAGGAAGAGGGGUGAGAGGACCUCCUUCCAGUUACUGGCAGCAGCAAUUGGUUCCAGCCUCCAGCUUCUUUCAGUAUCCCCCAGAACUAAUCAGCAGCUCAACAAGGCUGACCUCAAAAGUUCAGAACCAGGCCAGAGGGGUCUCCCCGCAGCCUACAGGGAACCCCGACGCCGAGGAGCGCCUCUACGCUCGAACCCGGACUCCAGCACCCCGGGGGGAAGCGGGCUAUUUGCACAAAGCGCCCCUACCUCAUCCUCCACAGUGCGGACACACACCCCCGGCUGCGAGGGGGAAGCCCGGGGAGGAAAACCCUGCAUUCCACGCGGUUCGACCCCGGAGAGCGGACGUGGAGAGGCUGGGGCCCCCGCCCCGGGAGGCGAGGGGGCCGCACCGCAGCCCCGGCCUCCGCGCCGAGGAGCGAGCGGUUCGCACGAAGGAAGGAAUCCCCGAGAUUCGCCCACGGGGUCCUCCCCAAGCCGGACUCCCCACCCCUGCCAAGACCCUCGAAGAAACGGGAACAAUGAGAAGCCGCCUCCCCCGCCAUCCCCGCCCCGAGAGCGACCGGGGGUGGCGGCGCCAUCUCCCCUCACACCCCCGCGAACACACACCCCCCGACCCCGGAGCGGCCGUCAGCCUCCCGCAGCCACGCCGAGCUAACGCGCGGCCGAGCCCGCCGCUUCCGCGCCCCUCGUCUCCCCGCCCGCCCCGCUCACCGGCUCCUGCUCCAGUCCGGGGCUCCGCUAGCCGCAGCCGGAGCGAGACUCAGGUACAAGGCGCCGCGGUGCCGGCGCCGCCGCACAAUAUGGCGAGCCUCGGCUUCCGCAAUGGAGCUCGGGAAAUACAACAGGGGCCGCUCAAUAUUCAUGAGAGACCGAGGGGAAGCCGGCUCGGCCGGCGCGGCGGGGAGGGCGGGAAGGAGCGAGUGGGCGAGGGGGCGGAGGCGCGGGACGGGGACGUGCACUGCGCCAGGAGGCCCGUGGCGCGAGGGGAGGGGGCGCCGCCGCGUUGCUGCCAGGAGGGCCAGAGCCGCCGCCCCGCCCCGGGCCGCCCGGCCCCGCCCCCCAGCGCCCUCCGCGAGGCGACGGAGCCCCCGGGCAAUGCCCGGAUGACGACUGCGCCACUUCGUUCUCGGCGUUCGCUCUCCUUGAGGUCUCCUGACCCUACCUGCGACCCCAGUUAA